UCCGAAGAACAUGGCAAUAGCUGCGCAGGUCUAAUUUAUCUACUGAGGCAUGGCUAAGCUGGGCCACUGGGCUAUAAAUGAAAUACAAUGGCAGCUCUCCCUUAUCAGAGCCUUCUAAGCAAACUUCUGGUCAUAAAAACUUAGCCGAAGGUAAAAGGUAAGGAUUGCAAUGCUUUAUGACGCAGUGGAGGUGACCGUACUGGGAGCCGGGUUGAUGGGCACAUGUAUUGCAGGCGAAUUAGCUUGCCAUGGACAUCGUGUGAAGGUGUAUGACCGAAGUAGGCAGGCACUUGAGAGAGCCAGCAAUGUACUGGAGGAACACAAAGAACAACUUAGACGAGAGGAAUGCAUGAUAACUCGGAACUUUGUGGGUACUGUCACUUUUACCGAAGAUCUUGAAAAUGCUGUUAGAAAUGCAAGGUUCAUCUUUGAAGCAGUUUUUGAGGACCUUAAUGUGAAACAGCAUCUUUUUGAAAGUGUAUCAAGAAUAUGUUCACAAGAAGCUAUUAUUUCCAGUAAUACAAUUCAACUUGAUGUCAGUGAGAUUGCAUCCAAGGCAGGUUAUCCUGAGCGGUGUCUUGGUAUUAGAUUUCUUUAUCCAGUUUAUGGAAUUCCUGAAGUUGAGAUCACAUUGGUGAGGCAAACUACUCAAAAUUCUAUACAAAAAGUGCGACAACUGUUAGAGGGAAUGGGUAAAACACUCUUCUUUCGCUCUGGAAAUACACCUCUUGUUCUCAGCCAUGCACAAGUUGAAUCAAGAAAGAGAGCUCAGAGGAAUAGGCUUAGAACUAUGUUACAAGAUGGCCAUGCUGCUCAUGUGCAGCUGCCAAGCCUUGGGCAUGGAGGGACUGGUUCAUACAUUGGCCAGCAGGGUGGUAGUGUAGGAAAUGGAGCAGCAGUACCUCCUCCAGAACAACCAGCAGCUGAAGCAGAUCCUCAGAAUGAGUGUGUGGUGUGUAUGGACAGUGCCAGGGACACACUGUUGGUUCCAUGCCACCAUUUGUGCGUUUGCUCUACGUGUGCUGACACUCUUAAAGAGGAUCAAGGAAUUUGCCCAGUAUGCCGGCAGAAUAUUACUGGAGUUAUUCGCGUCUACCAACCUUAAAUUAAAGGAGAAAUGGAAAUAUCAGUAGCACGAAUUCAAGUUUAUUAGAGCCGUAAUUAGCAACGUAAUGGUAGAAAUCGGAGAUAAAGAAAAACAUAGUAUUACUGUGGACUUUGUCAAUCCUUCGAGCCCAGAGGUAUCAUUAGGUCGUCUAGUUAGAUCAUCCGAACCGGGUUAGUUCUGAACAGUUAGCUAAUUAGCUGUUUAUCACUGAAUUGGACAUUCAUAAAGGUAAAUUAACCUCCGUAGCAUCAUUUCGAGUGUUAGUUAUUUGUCAGAGCACUGACCAGUCCUAAAGAGCACUGUUGUUGGUGACUGGAAUUACGACAACCUGAGCAGAAGCUCAGAUUCAAUUGUUCGCUGUGGACUUGCUUUCUGCCAAUGUUUACAUUAGACGAACCAGAGAGACGAACAAACACUGCAGAGUCUGCGAGACAAAGCAUAAAGUGAUUAAAAUCAAUUGAAUAUCUCGGCA